GAAAUCUAGGUCUGCUUACAGGAGAUAAUCAGUCCAAAGUUGCUUAAAAUUGAAUACUUAAGAUAAAAAUGUACACGAUUAAGCUCUUUCUGUUUAUUGUUCCUCUAGUUAUUUCUUCCAGAAUUGACCAAGACUAUCCAUCACUUGGUUCUAUGUCUUCACAGUCAAACUCAAGAUUUGCUAUGUUAGAUGAUGUAAAAAUUUUAGCCAAUGGCCUUCUCCAGCUGGGACAUAGUCUUAAAGACUUUGUCCAUAAGACUAAGGGCCAAAUUAAUGACAUAUUUCAAAAACUCAACAUAUUUGAUCAGUCUUUUUAUGAUCUAUCACUGCAAACUAAUGAAAUCAAAGAAGAAGAAAAGAAACUUAGAAACACUACAUCCAAACUGCAAGUCAAAAAUGAAGAAGUGAAGAAUAUGUCACUUGAACUCAAUUUAAAACUUGAAAAUGUCCUAGAAGAAAAAGUUCUACUUCAACAAAAAGUGAGGUAUUUGGAGGAGCAAUUAACUAAUUUAAUUAAAAGUCAACCUGAAAUUCAGGAACACCCAGAAGUAACUUCACUUAAGGCUUUUGUACAACAGCAAGAUAACAGCAUCAAAGACCUUCUCCAGACCGUGGAAGAACAAUAUAGACAAUUAAAUCAACAGCACGAUCAAAUAAAAGAAAUACAAAAUCAGUUAAGAAGAAGUGGUAUUCAAGAAUCCAUAGAAAGUUCUCUUUCUUCAAAACCAAGAGCACCCAGAACUACUCCCUCUCUUCAUUUAAAUGAAACAAAAAAUGUAGGACAUGAUGACAUGCCUGCUGAUUGUACCGCCAUUUAUAACAAAGGUGAACAUACAAGUGGCAUCUAUCCCAUUAGACCCAGCAACUCUCAAGUUUUUAAUGUUUACUGUGAUAUUAUAUCAGGUAAUUCAUGGACAUUAAUUCAGCAUCGAAUAGAUGGAUCACAAAACUUCAAUGAAACUUGGGAAAACUACAGAUAUGGUUUUGGGCGGCUUGAUGAUAUCAAUUAUUUGGAGAUUGGGAGAGAUGAAGCUAUCAGACUUUUACAACUUUUCUUUUCAGGAGAAUUUUGGUUGGGUCUAGAGAAGAUAUACUCCAUAAUAAAGCGAUCUAAUUAUAUUUUACGAAUUGAGCUAGAAGACUGGAAAGGCACCAAGCAUUAUAUUGAAUACUCUUUUCACUUGGGAAAUCAUGAAAGCGACUAUAAACUACGCCUGACUGAGAUGAAAGGAAAUGUCCCAAACAUACUCCCAGAAAACAAAGAUUUGGUAUUUUCUACUUGGGAUCACAAAGCACAAGGACACUUUCUCUGUCCAGAAAGUUAUUCAGGAGGCUGGUGGUGGCAUGAUGUAUGUGAGGAAAACAACCUAAAUGGUAAAUAUAACAAGCCAAGAGCAAAAUCUAAGCCAGAGAGGAGAAGAGGAAUAUGUUGGAAGUCUCAAAAUGGAAGAUUAUACUCUAUCAAAUCAACCAAAAUGCUGAUCCGUCCAACAGAUUCAGAAAGCUUUGAAUGAGCUAAGGCAAAUGAAAAAACCAAUAAAUUACACAUUAAAACCUUU